AUGACACAGGCUAGCAAGGGCGCUUGGAAAGGAUCCUCGCCCUCCUGGGCCACACCUUCAAGGCCCGAGCUGACAAGCUUCACUUCUUGUGCUUCGGAUGGCCGACAAAGGAGAGUUGCUGAGGUAUCGUCCGGUGCCAGUGCUGGUGCUGAGCUACUUCGGAUGCUCAAGGGAAAUGACUUCGACGGCACGGCAGCUGCGCGGGCUGCUCCUGUUCCACCUGCACAGAGACACGACCAGGGCUACAACGAGUACGACUCGAACUGGAGCUGGCAGGGCUGGCAGGGCUGGCAGGGCUGGCAGGACUGGCAGGACUGGCGGGAGUGGACCGAAUGGGUUGCGGAACGGCCAUGGGAUUUCGAUUCAGAGCGGCACAGCCUGGGUUACGAGCCGCGGCGACCUCCAGAGCGCAGCAGUGGUCGGGACUAUGACGCUUUCGGCUUCGACGAGGCACAGCCAGAGUUUACAUCUUUGGCAGACAUUGCGAAUCGCACGAAGCUAUUCGCGGAGACUUCAAAGCAAAGCGAAAUGCAGGAUGCGAGGUCCUGGCCUGCAUCGACUUCGCUGAUGCCGGUCCCAAGACAUUCCAGCUACGAGAACGCCUUCAGCGGCGUUGGCUUCGCUGAACAGUGCCAGUCCACGUGGGAGGAGAAAUGUCCUGGCAUGCCUUCAACGACGAUGGUGUUGCCUGCGCAGGAGGGCCAACAGUCUGUGCGUUUACUGCCAACUGACGGAAGCACGGUCCCUGCGAUGCCUGCGGGCGAGUCGCUGCCGUCAAAUUCCGGACUCGAUCCUCGGGCUUACUCACGUGGCUUCAGCAAGUGGUUCGGUCCCAAUGCAGUGUCACCGCCAGAAAGCGCUUUCAUCACGAGUACCGGUGUUCAUGAGGCUGGCUUCUCCACGGAUGCCGGAAGUGGUGUGGAGUCCAGUGAGGAGGAGGUGCAGAAGUGA